GGCUCGAUAGGCUGUUGACCCUGGAGCUGGAAGGAAACGACCUGCAUGACGGGAACGUGAUCCCAACGUCCUUCACAGCCUUGCGCAGCCUCAUGUACCUGCGGCUGGAUCGGAACCGGUUCCGGGCCAUCCCCUCGGGCCUGCCCCCUUCCCUGCAGGAGCUGCAUCUCGACUCCAAUCACAUCGAGGAGGUGCGGGAGGGGCUGCUCAACAAGACCCUGAACCUCAGCGUCCUGGUUCUGAGCAACAACAGGCUCCAGGAGGAUGGGAUUGCGCCACGGGCCUGGAUUGACCUCCCGAAGCUGGAGUCCCUGGACCUCUCCUACAACCGGCUGGUGCACGUGCCGUCCUUCCUGCCGCGCCGGCUGCGCCAACUGACAUUGCACCACAACCGCAUCGAACGCAUCCCGGGCUACGUCUUCGCCCACCUGCGCCCGGGGCUGGAGUUCCUGCACCUCUCUCACAACUGCCUGCGGGCUGAGGGCGUCCACGCCACCUCCUUCGCCGGGCUGGGCCGCUCGCUGGCCGAGCUGCUGCUGGACCACAACCGGCUGCAGGCCGUGCCCCGGGGGCUGCUGGGCCUCAAGGGGCUGCAGGUCCUGCGGCUGAGCCACAACCUCAUCAGGCAGGUGCCACUGAACGCGCUGUGUGACACGCGCCUGGCCGAGGACUCCAGCCUGGUCUCCAUGCGCCUGGAGCAGAACCUGAUCGACCCGCGGCGCAUCCCGCCCACAGCCUUCUCCUGCAUCCGGGCCUACCACAGCGUGGUGCUGCACCCGCAGCGCGGCCGGGCCUAGGGGCGCCGGGACCCCGGGGCUGUCACACGGCGGCCGGGCCCAGGGGCGCCGGGACCCCGGGGCUGUCACAGGGCGGCUGGGCCUAGGGGCGCCGGGACCCCGGGGCUGUCACAGGGCGGCCGGGCCCAGGGGCGCCGGGACCCCGGGGCUGUCACAGCGCGGCCGGGCCUAGGGGCGCCGGGACCCCGGGCCUGUCACAGCGCGGCUGGGCCUAGGGGCGCCGGGACCCCGGGCCUGUCACAGCGCGGCUGGGCUUAGGGGUGCCGGGACCCCAGGCUGGGGGCUCCACAAGGCCCUGCUUGGUGAGCUGCCGAGCGGCUGCUGCCCCAUCCAUGCCCCUUGUCCAGCUGACUGCCCCCCCGCCAUCCGUCUGUCUGUCACUCAGGCGGGGGUCUCUGGAGCCCCCCUCCCCCAGGCCCGCCCCGCUCGGGCUGGGAAUACGACGGGGGGCCCCUGCUGCUGUCCCCUCCUUGGCUGAUAAACGGGGCUGCCGGGCGCGGCGGCCAAGCCUCGA